AAAAUAUAAACUCCAGCCCUAAUUUACCGUGCCUUAGUUCAAUAGAAGGUCCAGUAAUUUAUCCAGAUGAUAUUCGAUUUCAAUCAUUAAUUAUUGAUCAUAACAUUCGUGUAAAUUAUACACCAUCAGUGUUAAUUUACGCGAUUAAUGAAGCAGAUGUAAUAAAAGCUGUUAAGUGUGCUGUUAAUUCGCAAAAUGGUAUAAUUGCACGUUCAGGUGGCCAUUCAAACGAAAAGUAUGGCUUAGGUGGUAGAAAUGAUACUAUCGUGUUGGAUGUGACAUUUAUAAAUGACAUUACAGUUUAUAGAGAUCAUAGAAAUCGAAAUGUUGCUAAAAUUGGUGCGGGAAACAGGUUGGGAAACGUUUAUAAUAAAUUGAAUCAAGAAGGUUUCUUUAUUCCGGCCGGAAGUUGUCCUUCUGUUGGCAUUGCAGGUCACGCUCUCGGAGGGGGGUAUGGAUUUUACGGCCGUGAGUAUGGUUUAGCUUGUGAUAAUAUUAUUUCUAUGAAUAUGGUUGACGCCAAAGGAAAUCUUUUGGAAAACAUUGAAUCCUCCAAUCAUUAUUUCGAUCUAUUCUUUGCUCUAAGAGGAGCAGGUGGAGGAAGUUAUGGCAUAGUAACGCAUUUUUUAUUUGAGAUUCAUCCAAUACCAGAACGAGUUACUUAUAUGAGUUUGGAAUUUAAUGCGGCUCAAGUGCGACAACUUAUUAAGGCUUUUAAUGAAGCUGAAGUUAAUCCACGACUUGAAAACAAGACUACUCUUAGAAUGAAGUUGGAGAAAAAGAGGUCGAUCUUAAAAUUAUCAAUUAUUGGAUUAUAUUUAGGUAACCGUAAAAGAGCAGAAGCUGAAAUAGACAAACUCUUAACUAAAACUGAAACAACACAUGAACCGAAAAUUAAACCGAUUUUAUUAGAAUAUGUUGAACAAACAUUUUUUGAAUCUGUUGAAAACCUUGCUACGUCAUCUGAACCGCCAUUUCCACUCCAAUCUAAAUAUGAAGUGGUGAGCCCAGUGCACAAUAUCUUUAAAGUAAAAACUUUUUUAGUUAACCAAGGUGAAGGAUUAACUCGGAAGGCUAUAGAUGAGUUGGUAAAAUUUUUGAAUGAAGUUCCUUGCGAUACUUCUGCUACAUUCGAAUUAUGGGGUGGGAAAAUAAAUCAUCGUGAUGAUACUUCUUCAUUUAUACAUCGUGAUGUACUUUAUUGCAUAAUAUUGACAAGUGAAACAAGUAAAGAACAAAGUACUAAAUGUGUUGAUAAAAUAAAUGAUUUUGGAAGAUAUUUUCAAUCAAACUUCACGUCUUAUUAUAGUUAUCAAAAUUUCAUUGAUAGGGAUUUAGAUGAUUGGGAAACAAGGUAUUACGGUAACAAUUUUCUCAAUUUGAAGGAAAUAAAAUUUAGAUAUGAUCCCAAUAAUUUAUUCAACUUUAAUCAAAGUAUCUAUGUCUGA